UUUAAAGAAGAUGAAAUUCCGAAUAUUUUGGUACAUCAACAUAUGCAUAGGUUUACUGAAAAGUUCGACAAUUUUUAGUUUAAAGGUGACAUAUAGUAUGAAAAAUGCGGUAAAAGUAUUCAUUAAAUCGUUAAUUUUCCUCUAAAUGGUGAAAAAUUAGUAUCAAUCGAUAGGGAAUUUCAUUGUCUUUAAUUUAAGACUAACUAAAAGUUCAUCAGAACUCGCGAACAAUCGAAAAAUUUGCUGUUUUUUCGCGAAUCACCAAAGAUAUUACCAUCUAAUCACCUUUUCAGGACUGCGAUACUAGCGACCCAAGCGAGGGUUUUUUCGCGAAUUGAUCAUUGAUCAAUUAAAUUAAAUGAAGAUCAAUGAUCUUGAUCUGUACUGAACAUCAUUGAUUUUUUUAUAACUUGAUCACAUCACAUCAAACACGAUUUAAUUGAUAUUUUGAUUAUUGAUUUAUUUUAUUUUGAUUUUGAUUGAUCAUAAAGAAUAAAGAUAUCGAUUUUAUGUGAAAAUAGCAGUUCCUUUCGGCGAAGUUUUUGUUUGAAAAAUGAUUACGAAAAAUAGAAAAUUUCCGAUUUUGAAAACCUCCAUUCAAAAUUAUUGAUCGUGUGGAAAAUUCGCAAAAUUUCCAUUCCACCUUCACGUAGGUGAUAUUUUACUACAUGUAACCUUUAUUUUCCUUUUUUUCAUUCACAAAACACAGUAUACUUUGAUAAUUAUUAAAACGUCAAUGGUGAUAAGACUGAUAACAACGACAAGUGAAGCUCGUAAAAUUGAAAUAUUGGCAGGAAGUACGACAUAUUUACUAUCAAAGAGCAAUUUUUUCAUUCUUUUUAGUUAACAUCGACUUGGAACAUGUUCAAGGUAUUCGUACGCUAGUCUAGGUUAUAGUUAGGGGCUAAGUAUUCGUAUACCAAAAUGACCAAGUUGAUAGAUUGGAUGGCUGCUGUAUGCGCCUUUCUGUCCAUCUGGUUAGCUUUACUGUACCAUUUCAUCGAGUUGGAAAUCAUCAACGAAUAUAGAGGUUUAAUUUCACUCCUUCCUGUGUUUACCGUGUUCAUAUUUGGUCUGUAUUCUGCUGGUACUGUUCUAUGGAGAGUGUAUAAUUUCAACGAUUGUAACCAAGACGCCCUAGAUUUACAAAUGGAAAUCAAAGAAGCUAGAAAAGAUCUCAUUGCCAAAGGAUUCGUAUUCCAGUAAACUUCAAAUUCAAAAGUGAUCAGAUUACCUGUGUUGUUUUUUUAAAUCGGAUUUUUAUCUUUAUACCAUUAUUUUUAAGGUACCUAUUCAACACGUACGAACGUGCCUUUUGUUCCAGUUUAUGUGUUUAAUUCGCAGCUAUGAAAUCUGUAUGAUUUUUUUUUGUAUACCAUCGUGUUAUCUAAUAAACGCAUCGCUGUUUUUAAAAAAUACGAUACAAGCUUUAAUUAAGUUUAUAAUGUUUAGCAACGUGGCUAAAUAUAGUAUUGUAUUCAUC